AUGUCAAGUUAUCUAUUUACCAUUGCCAUCGGCGAGUUCGAUUACGUCGAAAGUCAUACAGCUGCAGGAGUGAAGAUUCGAACCUAUACAAUUCCGGGUGAAAUUCAAAAGGCUUCGUACGCUCUAAACUUAGGUAUCAAGUGCUUGGACUUUUUUGAAAACUACUCCGGUAUCAAAUAUCCACUACCGAAACUAGAUAUGAUUGGAUUUUCUUUGGUCGGUGCGUUGGAGAAUUGGGGAUUAAUCACUUUCAAGGAGGCUUCUCUCCUGUACGAUGAACUGACUUAUCCUCUUGGGUCCAAGUAUGAGGUAGCGGCGACAGUAGCACACGAAAUUGCCCAUCAGUGGUUCGGAAAUCUUGUAACAAUGAAGUGGUGGGACGAGGUAUGGUUGAAUGAAGGUUUUGCAACAUAUCUGCAAUACAUUUCAUUGGAGGAAAUAACGAGAGGCGUGAACAAACUGAAAGAUCAUUUCGCCACUGAAGUAAUGGAAAUUGCAUUCAUGUUGGACAGGCCUGCCCUACGGUCGUUGAGGUUAAAGGUUGAGCGCCCGAAGGAUAUCGCAGGAACGAUACUCCCUAUAGUGUACUUCAAAGGGGCAGCGUUUAUCGCCAUGGUCGUUGACGUGAUAGGCGAGAAGAAUUUCAAUGAAGGAAUAAAGCAUUAUCUCACUAAAUUUUCCUAUGGCAACACUCGUUCGACUGAUUUAUGGGAGUCCCUGGAAAGCACUAACUUCAAGGCUAAAGGUCCUGAUGGAAAUCCAUUGAAUCUCACAGCAUUUGCCUCUCCGUGGACAAGACAGGGAGGGUUCCCACUUGUGACAGUGGAUGUUCUCAACUCCUCUACUUUUGAAAUUACUCAAUACCCGAUGAACAAAGUCAUGGAUAGAAAACUCUCGAAGGAUGAUUCUUCAGCGCAUGGGAUUCAGUGGGAUAUUCCUAUAUGGUACCAACUUGAUGACCAACCAGUGAAGUUCACUUGGCUGAGUAAAGACAAGCCGCUUCAUAUCUCGGCAAAUACUGAAGAAACGAUUUUGGUGGUGAAUGGAGAUCGACAUGGUUUCUAUCGGCAAAAUUAUGCUGAGGAGGGUUGGAAAAAAAUAAUCAAGAAACUUACAGAGAAUCACAAGGUACUUGAACAGCGGCACUCUGAUUGUCUUAUCGUAAAGGGUUUUGCGACAGUGAGAACUAUACUGCCAUAG